AUGUUUUGUAUAUAUAUUUAUUACAGGUCUGGAAAGGGUUCAUUAUUGUUUAAAAUGUCAAGUAUUAUAACAAAUCGUGGAAUGGACUAUGCAGACCUAGAUAUUGACGAACUAGUUGACAAACUUACACCUGGGGAGAUUCAGAAACUUCUUGAGGAUUGUGAUCCAGAUGAUUCCCAGAUACCUCCUGGCCUCAGAUCAAAUUACCGUUGUGAAAAAGAAGCAACUGGACCUUUUGACAAGAAAAAACUAAAUGAUUUUAUAACUGAGCAGGCGAUAAACGAACCGGAUAUUCCUGACGUGGUUCCCCAUGUUCCUGGAACCGUGAGGGGGAAACGUUACACAGCUCCGUCCCGACCUAAACCUACUUUGGACGAUGAUAUCGAGAUCUCUCUUGACCUGGGGGAGGAUGUAGAGAUCGCACUAAACUCUGCUACCACGGACGAGAUUGUGGAUCUCGCAGGAAUCAUGGGACUUCACGCCUUGAUGAACCAGGACCAAUAUCAUGCUUCUCAGUCGGAGAAAGCUCCUCGAGCUGACCCUGAUAUCGGGUGGCAGGGUGUCACCAAAGCCUCGCCUUUGAAACCGUUUCCCGCUGAAGCUCCCAAUAAAACCGAGCCCGCUGAGGUUCUUGAAAAGAUCAAAUGCAACGAUCCGUCCUUGGUAUCGGUAAACCUGAACAACGUGUACACCAAGGAGAACCAGUUCAUCGAGAUGUUCCAGGCCCUGGAACAGAACACCCACCUCAAGGACCUCAGCCUUGCUAACACGGGAAUGACGGAUACAGCUGCGGCUGUAUUGGCCUCCGCCCUAGAGGUCAACAAAACCCUGGAGACCAUAAACUUUGAGUCCAAUAAUGUUAACCCGCAAACAAUCGCCAAAAUGUUCGAAGCAAUAAACGUGCAGCAGACCCUUUUGGGGCUCAAGGGGAGUAACCAGCAAGCACAGUUCUUGGGGAACAAGGUGGAGACCGCUAUCACGAAGGCGAUUGAGAACAACAAGGCGAUUCUCAGGGUUGGUCUGCACUUCCAGUUCGGAGACUGUAGGAAUAGGGUUGCUGUGCAGCUGCAGAAAAAUCUUGACCGUCUUAGAUUGAAGAGAAUUGCACACAAGCUUUCCAAUGCAGGAUCUGAUUAAAGGAAGUUUCCAAGUUUGUAAGAUUUGCAAGCUUCUAAAUAAUGAUUGAACUCUCACGGAUCGAGAAAUCAUCUGUUCGCUCCAGUAGCUCUUUUUUUCUAUAAUCUCGCUCUAUAACAAGUUUAUCCGAGUUUGUGCAUUUAACAUUUUCCUAAACUAUAGAUUCAAUUGUUUUAUUGAUGAUUUUUCUCUGUUUUAUUACCAUCAUUUUUCUACAAAUAAGCUGUUGUGAGAUCUCAGUAAACCUGCUUUUAACUGUCGAGACCAUUUUCAAAUUUGCAUUUUCUUAGUCGAGGGGUAGAAACCCAUUAGAUUCUCUUGGUUCCUGGAAUUGCCUAAUAAUCUACCCGGGCCCUGGAACCACUUGGUUUUCUAUUGUUUAAAAGCAACAUCCGGUAUAUUUUUGUUUUUCAUGUUUUUAUUGUAUCUAUCUGGUUUAUGCUGUUUUAUAAUUUUCUUUUGAUUUAGUUUCCUAUUUAGACUUGCGAGCAUUUGCUUCCAUUUUGUAAACUGACGUUUAUAAAGCUUGAGAGAUAGUGUAACAGUGCUUAGGAUCCGGAUUCAUUGAAUUCUUGGCUAUUGGUAUCCGGAAUUAAGUGGCAAAAAAUCUACAAUAACAUCGAAAAUAAAACUUUUUUGCUCUUAAAACACACAUUUCAACUGGCAACUAAUGAAAAAAUCAUGAAUACCUUCUCAAUCAUUUUAUUUCAUAAAGAUCUGCGAAAAAGUAGAAGAACAUUUUGGAAAUUUGUUUUUGGUAAAAUGAAUUGAUGAUCGAUCUGGACCCAUUUUUUAUAGGACGGAUCCAGGAUCAGGACCCGGAUAAAAAGAAAUGGAUCCUAAGCACUGGUUGUAAAGUAUUGGGUAUGAACCGCAAUGCAGUCUGUGCACACGCGUUGAAUAGCUUUAAUACAACUAGUGUUGUUUGCAUUUAUUCAUGUAUCUUCUAUGUACCAUUGUACCAGUAAUGUACCAAACCUUAAGAAUUAUAGAAUAGUGAACCCAACAUUAUUUAAUGAGACAAGAAAUGGAAUAAAUUUCAAUUUAACAAACCUUACAUUUCUUGUCUCUGGACUGUUUGAACAACGAUAAAGUUCUCAUUGUACAUCCGGUAAAUUAACAUUUUAAUAUUAUAUAUCUUUAUUUAACAUCUUGCAUAUUAGAUAUGUCUAACAUCUUGAACAUUUGUUCUCCAACAUCUUAAAUAUUAAAUAUUUAUAACAUCUUAUAAAUUAGACUUAUAUCUAUUAAAUGUCUAAAAUCUUUUAUGUUAGAUAUUCAUAAUAUCUUGGUAUAUUAGAUAUGUCUGACAUUGGGUAAAACAUCUUAUAUAUAAGAUUUGCCUAACAUUUUUUAAAUGU